AUGAUAGACGACACGCAGCAGCGCCGGCCGCGGUCAGAGGGCCACCUCGUCGCGCGGUCUGCCACGAGGCAGCCCUCGAGUCCAAUGCACCGACCGAAGACGACUCCGAAGCUGCGCAUACAGCGCGUUCUGUCACAGUCAUCGUUGCCUUCAAAGGUUUCCACCACGGGCGGCAGCAGCGAGCUGUUUUGCAUGACCAAACUGUCCGAUUCGCCGCCCAAGCCCCCUGCUUUGGAGAACGACGGAGACUCGCCAACCUCCGACAACAACUCGAACGACGACGUUUGCGUCACGGCCAGGGAAUCCGACGUCGACAUUGCUUCCCCGCCAGCCAUGUUGAGCUCAGGGACAGACCAGGAUGGCACUGGCGACAGCCCACCCGGCGGUGCCCCAGCAAGGUGUCAAAUCCAGCCAAGACAAUGCAGUUCCUACGACAUGGCCCCGCCCCCUGUGUCGACGCCACCAACACAUAUGAACGCCGCCGCGGAGUCCACAAGCGACCAAGGCAUGCCAGAAGCGCCAGUUGCCAUGCCAGAAGCGCCAGUUGAACUACCCCCCACAGACGAGAGCUGCGACGCAGAACGCCCCAGCAAUGGAAUGCAUGCAAAGUGGUGCGAUCAAAUGGAAAAGGCCCAAACCAUGCGGGAUAAAAUGCAGAGCGACCUGGCAGAGUACCUGGCCUCAUUAGCUACCAAGCAUGACGACGAUGGGUCGUCCCUCGUGACCUUUCCAGACAACUACGACACCGUGUUAAACCUCAUGACGAAGGCUGACUUGGCCCCUGCAGCUCCGACUUGGUCCAAAGCUCUGCUUCAGGACGGACUGACGAAGAAACAAGCGCAUGGCGUGAUUCCAGGCGAAGCAGCUGACGGAGAGGGCGACCUCAACAUCAAGAUCGCGCACGGGAUAGCCUUGAUCAGGCAACUCGACGCCAAGCUGGACGACCUUGACCAGAAGCUUAACAAACCCACACGAACGAAGCAGUUCAUGGCGGCGCCAGCCGUGCCGCCGAAGAAAACAACGAGUGCACAGCGCAUCAAGGACAAGGUCGAAGCCGCCAAAACCCUCGGCGACGCGCCAGACUUCAUCUCUCGAAACAAAGAAAUGAAGGAAGCCGGGACAAGCUUGACCAAGUCAGAGGCGACGCGGGUCGAAGCGCUUCUAGGACAUGGAGAAGCGAUCACGGAUGAACUGGCCGAGGCAGCGUCGAAUCCGUUCGAUGUUGUGCACAACGAUCACGUGGACAGGAUCGAGGAAUCGCUCCGGGAAUUGCAAGCGAAGCGGGCGACGACGCCAGUCGAUGGCGUCAUGACGUUUGGGUCAGUGGCAUCGGUGGUGCCGUUGCUGGCUGGCAUGCCAUCCAUGGCACACCUCAAUGCGACGCAGCGCCUGGCUGCCAUCGAUUGCGCGCUGCUGUCUUUUCGAGACGAAGACGCGAUCGGCGUCAUGGCAAGUGGCGUCGACGAUGACGCCAAGUCGGUACGGAGCGAAGUGAGCCGGAGCAGCAGCGUCUGGUCACGGGCUUCCACCCGCACUGUGAGCAAGAGGGACAUCCAGUCCAUCGCGGCCCAAGCCAAGCUCGAAAUCCCAGACGCCGAAAAGGCCCCGCGAGAUGCCAUCAACCAGCUGUUGGCCACAUUGUCUGGCAUCACGAUUGAGCUCGCCGACGACGAAGUCUGCGAUGAACAUCCACAAGAAAACGAAUCCAAUCCUUCCCCGCCACACCGACCGCCAGAAGACGAACCAGCAACAGAGAAAUCGAGCCGCGGCUUGAGCCAACACGGGCGAAAACGACCGACCAAGCCAACGACGUUGCAGGCCUCCGCCACGUCCUCUUUCAGCCACUUGUUCACGCUGCCGUUUGAGCCAGCAGGGCCUUCUAGGAAACAACUCGCGCACACGAAUUUUCGAUAG